UCCAUAGAUUGUGCUGUUGUUAGUGUAGCAUCGUCAGCUGCAAUAACUACUAAUUGCUGAUCCCAACACCGUCAUCGCUUGUUACCAUCAGAAGUAAUACUUCCCUUCUCUCUCUAAAUGACUUCUUCUAAUAGUUACUUUGUGCUUCCAACCGCUCUGUGCCUUUCGACUUGCUUCGACUGCCUUCUCCUUCCGUGCCGACGACUUCUCGGUUUCUUCUCGAUCUCCGUGUUGGUCUGCCGCUUUUCUUUGUCCUCUCCCCCUUCACUCCUGUCGCCUUCCUUCUUCCUUUCUUAACCCUAAAUCCGGACGCGCGUACGAGCAGGAAAGGCCGACAAAGAUCCCUCCUUUUUGGGCUCCGGAAGCGAAAAACUCCAGAUAAAAAUGCAGGCUGAAACGGAGAAUUUUCCCGUCUUGGAUGAAAAGAUUGGUGUGCCAGUUAUGGAGAACAUGCUAUCAAGUAGUAGUUUCAAAGGAAGUGAUCAUGUUGGUGAUGACUCCGCAUCAUACGAAAAAUUUAUUCUAGAUAUGGAUUCCUACUGGGACGAGCUCAAUGACCGUUUGAGUUUAUCAAGAAUGGUGAAUGAUACAGUCAUUAAAGGAAUGGUAAGUGCUAUCGUCGAGGAGGCUGCCGAGAAAAUUGCUUCGAAGGAAGCAGAAAUUGCGGUUUUGAAUGAGAAGUUGAUGUCUUGUAAGUCUCAUGUUGCUGCAGGUCAAAAUUUAGAGAUAACAUCAAGUCAAUCUUUGAUGAUGGAGGCAGAAAUUGAUGAGAGAAGAUUGGAGUCAUGUAAGAGCUGUUUAAGUUCUUGUGGAGACUGCAAAUGUGUCAAUAAUGUAAGCAGGCUAAGGAUUAUGGUGGAAAAUCAGAUUCAGUGGUUGAAGAAUGAUCUUCAACAUCUAAAGAGCUUGGAUAAUGUGAGUAGAGAAGGCAUUGAUCCAUGCAACAUAUUGCAUGAAACAAAAGCUAUUAAGAAAUUGCUAGAAGUAGAUCAAAAAGUUGAUGUUCUGAAAGACAUAUUAGGUUUAGUAUUCAAAGAAAUUUGUGUGAUGACCUGCUCAAAGAAGGUUGUGUCAAGUGAGCUUCAAUGGGAGCAUGAGCUUCAAAGAGAAAUCAAUACUAUUGUGCUUCAGGAUUAUGUUCGAGGCCUUCAGGAUGAAUAUGAAACAAUGUUGUAUCACCAAACUGUCUUUAUUAAGAAUUCAAACAAGAAUUGGCAGAAAAAGGCUACUGAGCUUAAGGCGAUGCGUGAUGAACUCCAUGCUAUCAUGGAGGAAGUGAAUUAUCAUGAGAAUUUUGAAGAAUGGACUGUUACGAAAAGGAAAGACCAUUUUCCUGCGAAAGUAUUAGGAAAUCAUAACUUUCCAUCUCAACCUGAGGAAAAUGAAACAAUGAUGAUGGAAAAAUCUGGGGAUUCUGGAGAGAACAUGUUAGACUUUGCUCAUCUGAAUCACAUGAAUAAGGAGGAACUGCUAUUUUACUUUAAAACUGAAAUGACCAAGAUGAGGAGAAGACAUGACUCAGCAUUGCUAGAGAAGACGGAGGAGUUGUUUAGGCUUAAGAGGGAGUUCCUCAAGGAAAGGGGGUCAUCAGUUUUAAGGAAAGAUAAGGAGCUCGAACAUUUAAGGGAAAAGGUACCAGGAUUCAUUUUGAAGUUGGAUGAAAUCCUCGUGGAGAAGGAAACAUUACUUGAACUGUAUAAUCAUGAUGAUGAGUUGCAGAGCUUUAAGGAGAAAAACUGUUCCCUGGUUUAUGAAAAUAAGCGAGUACGAAAUUUGCUUAUGGAGAAAACAAAUGAGCUUAAGUGUCUCUCAGCACAGAUCUCAGAUGUAGCAAACCAGAAGGCGUUGCAUUCAUCUGCAGAGGCAAAUUACUUGAAUCAAUUAAAAAAACUGACAAGUGUUAUUGAAGAUGUAAAGACAGAAACUAAUUUUAGAGAUCAACUAUGUAAUAUUAUUUUGAGAGGGCUGAUUGAUGAGCACAGAUGCAUAAUGCAAGAUAUUGAGAUCAAGAUCAAAUUGCUUAUGAAGAUUAAUACCACUAUAUUUAGAGGGGUGAUUUGCGAUGCUAUCACUUGUAUGAAUCCGAUGAUAUCAAAAUAUUCUAAAGAAAAGUUGUCUCUUGAAGCAUUGCUUUUGCAAAAGGAGAAUGCAUUAAGGUCGGAAAUUGAAGAGAACUGCAAGUUGAAGCAGGAUGUGGUCUCAUUAUCAUCAUCAAUGAAAGAAGAGGAAAACUUAAAUAAGUCUUUUGAAGCAACACUUUUAGAAAAGGAGAAUGCUUUGAGGUUGGAAAUUGAGAAAAACAGCAAGUUGAAGCAGGUCAUAGCAUCAAUUUCAUCAUCACUGGAAGAAAAGGAAAAGUUGGCCUCAGAGUCUGGAUCAACAUUAAUGCAACAAAAGCAGCAGCUCGACAUUGUUCACCGGGAACUUAACAUGCUCAGAGAUCAUAAAAGCAUGCAAGAAGAACAAUUGUCAAGUUGUAAAUUGGAAUUAAUUUCUUUGACGAGUAAAUUAAACAAGACCCUACAGAAAAAUCAUUAUUAUGAACUUGAGUUGGAUAAGCUCAAUGAGAAACUUAAACUUGUGUCAGAUGCAUUAAAAGAAGAAGAAACACAGAAGACCAUGCUUCUUGGUGUUCUUGAGGGAAAGGAAGGAGAACAAGUAAAACAGUUGAGAUCUAUCAGCGAGUCCAUGAUGGAAUUAUCUAAAGGCUUUGCAGAUUUAGAAAGACAUUUGAUAGAGAGUUCUAAAAGAAAUGAAUCUAGGUUGAAGGUACUGAGUCAUCAAUUGAAUCCACUGGUGCAGCUGGCUAGCCAACAGAAGAAGAAUUGUUUCUUGUACAAAAAAAAAAUUGAAACUAGUUGGUCUAACCUCCAGAAGGCUGAAGCCGAGGUCGAUCUUCUGGGAGAUGAUGUUGAGGCACUUCUAGGGCUUCUUGGAAAGAUAUACUUAGCACUUGAUCAUUACUCUCCAGUAUUGCAGCACUAUCCAGGAGUAAUGGAGAUUCUAAAACUGGUUCAGAGAGAAUUAAAUGGAGAAAUCAAAGCAUGGAGGGACUUGGGAGAGUGGAUCAGAUAUAAAGUUUUAUGGUUUCAACAGGACACUUGAUGUUAGAAGUGUAUCAUGGUUUAGCUUGAUGCAGUCAUGGCCAUGACAGAGGAUACAAACCAUCCCUGAUCAAGCCAAGGGGCUCCUUUCUCGUGCAUCUAGGUUUCAACAAGACAUUUUUGCUGUUGCAGCUGUAGCAUGGUUUGUUUAGCUUGAUGCAGUCAUCAGCAUGACAGAGAGCGAAAAGUGCAUCCUGGUUGCUUGUCGUAACCGAUAUCGAGUUGCAAAAUCUUGAGGUGUUUUGGUCAUACUAUUUGUUCAAUGCUGUCAAAGAAAAAGAAUGCAACUGAUCAAGUUGGUUUGGGUGCCCCAAUGCAAGCUCGGCCAGGUCACAUAUACAUGUUAGCAUGCAUUUUAGUUUUCCUUUCCUUUUCUUGCUUUGAUCAUUACAUGUUCGACUCAACACCUUGUGUAUAUAUCUCCCCUUCAUUUAUAUAUGAUGACUCUUUCUAA